CGCGUGUCCGUGCCGUGGAUCGCAGCGUUGCCUUUCUCCUGAAAACACCUUUUUUUGUUGUUGUUUGUUUUUUUCCGUCACGUGCGGAUCCCGGUUCUCGCGCCUUCCCACUCGCGUUCCGAGCAUGGCUGCGUGACCAUCGCCCUCCACCCGCGGGGAUGUUCCUCCGAGCCACGCGGAUCCCACUUUAGGGGAACCAGGAGAACCCGGGAAGUUGGACCCGUAUCCGCGUGUCUGCGCGCGUGCGCGUGCGCUCCGAUUCAUCCGGGAGGACAUCGGCCGGGAUGAGGUCGGACUUUCUGGAUCGUUCCUAAAGACCCGAGGAGCGUGGGAGCGUGGGAGCGUCCGUCCGGGGAGGAAAAAGAGAGAAAAAAGAGCCAGGGUUCGUAUUUGCGUGUCGCGCGAAGAGGCGGCGGACAUGAAGAAGUUUCGGAAGGUUCUGGACGGCUUGACCACGUCGUCCCCCGGCGGCGGCACCGUGGGGUCUCCGUCGUGCGGCAGCGCGGCCGGGACGCCCACCGCGGCGGCCACCCCCAAGGAGAUCGACGUGCAGGAGACACUCGUGGCGGAAAACUUUCAGCUGUGUAAGACGGUGCGCCAUGGGUUCCCCUACCAGCCCACGGCUUUGGCCUUUGACCCCGUGCAGAAGAUCCUGGCCAUCGGCUCCAGAUCGGGCGGCGUUCGGAUACUGGGACGACCCGGCGUGGACUGCUUCUGUCAGCAUGAGAGCGGCGCCGCUGUUCUUCAACUUCAGUUCCUGAUCAACGAGGGGGCGCUAGUCACAGCCUGCGCUGAUGAUACCUUACACUUAUGGAAUCUUCGUCAGAGGCGACCGGCGAUCCUGCAUUCACUCAAGUUCAACAGAGAGAGGAUCACAUUUUGCCACCUUCCCUUUCAGAGCAAAUGGCUUUAUGUGGGCACGGAGCGCGGGAACACGCACAUCGUCAACAUCGAGUCCUUCGUCUUGUCCGGCUACGUCAUCAUGUGGAACAAGGCCAUCGAACUAUCGACUAAAACUCAUCCCGGCCCUGUCGUCCAUUUGAGUGACAGCCCGAAGGAUGAAGGCAAGCUUCUGGUGGGUUUCGAGAGCGGCACAAUAGUACAGUGGGACCUGAGGGCCAAAAAGACGGAUUUCAGAAUCUAUUAUGACGAGGCGAUCCACUCUGCCAGCUGGCACCACGAAGGCAAGCAGUUCAUGUGCAGUCACUCGGACGGCAGCCUGACCGUGUGGAACCUCAGGAACACCUCCAAGCCCGUGCAGGUCACCUUCCCGCAUGGGUUCGCAAUAUUGAAAGAUGGGAAGAAGGAAUCCUGUAAACCCAUACUCAAAGUGGACUACAAGACCUCGAGGAACAGUGAGCCUUUCGUCAUCUUCUCCGGAGGUCUUUCGUACGACAAGGCGGGGCGGCGGCCGACCUUGACCAUCAUGCACGGCAAGGCCAUCACCGUUUUGGAGAUGGAUUUUCUAGUGGAGUUCAUUACCCUCUGCGACACUCCUUAUAAUAACGAGGUCCAGGAUCCUUUUGCAGUGGUGGUGCUGCUAGAAAAAGAUUUGAUUGUGGUGGAUCUGACGCAGAGCAACUUCCCGGUCUUCGAGAACCCAUACCCUAUGGACGUCCACGAGUCUCCCGUUACCUGCACCGCUUAUUUUGCAGACUGUCCUCCAGACGUCAUCCCUGUCCUCUACUCCAUUGGAGCUAAACACAAGAAGACUGGCUACAGUCAGAAGGAGUGGCCGGUUAGCGGGGGAAUGUGGACGUUGGGCUCGCACACCUACCCGGAGAUCAUCAUCACUGGACAUGCAGACGGGUCGAUCAAGUUUUGGGAUGCCUCUGCAAUCACGCUGCAGAUGUUGUACAAGUUGAAGACCUCCAAGGUGUUUGAGAAGCCCAAGCAGAGCGAGGGUCGUGCAUCAGAACUGGUGGAUGAGGACCCCUUUGCGGUCCAGAUGGUCAGCUGGUGUCCCCAGAGUCGCAUCUUUUGCGUCGUCGGGAUCUCGGCCCACAUCAUCCUGUAUCGCUUCAGCAAAUAUGACGCCAACACUCAGAUUGUGGCCCUGGAGGUGCGACUGCAGUGCGAGUCGGAGGAUGUCAUUUCUCCAUCGGAGAACGAAAACAACCCCUGCUUCUCAGAGCCCCGGUCAGGCUCCCACUCCCCUCAGCCCCAUCAACAACACCCGGCGAGCCCUGGCGGCGGCACACCAGAGGGACUCAAAGACAGCGCCCUCUGCCUUAAGGUCAAGGAUCGGGUGGUGCGGGUCCCCCCGGGCUACCAGGCCGAGCUGGUCAUCCAGCUGCCUUGGCUGGAUGGAGAACCUCCACAGCAGAUCUCAAGCCUGGACAUAAACUCUGCCUAUGGCCUUCUGGCAUUGGGGAACUGUAAUGGCCUUGCGGUGGUGGACUACCUGCAGAAAAGCCUCCUGCUGUGCAUGUCCACUCUGGACUUGUAUGGAGCCGCCGAUCCCUACCAGCGCCUUACCCGCUCCCCCCGCAGGAACAGGCAGUCCACCUCAGACGUUUGCAUGCGUGGCCUGUCUAACUUUUAUUCCGAUUCAAAGAAAAGGAUCCGUACAUCCUACCAGAGCCUUACUGAACUCUCUGACAACCAGCAGUCUGUUGACAUGGAGAGGAGCAAGUCGCCCACCUCAGUUCAUUACCCAAGCUCCCUUCACAAUGACCCCCGCGUCCUACCAGAGCCCGUGGCCAGUCUGAGAGCCAGCCACUGCAGCCCGGUCUUUUACUUAUUGGACAAUGUCAAGGGGCCCGGCAGAAAGUUAAGUCUGCCAACAGAUCUUAAGACUGAUCUUGAUCAUGUCAAUGGACAUUGCACUAGCCCCACCUCCCAGCCCUGCUCGGCGGGGAAGCCUCGCAUCCCGACGGGUCCCGAGGGGCCACGGCUUGCCCGCAGAGGCCCUGGCCGGCCGCCGUUCCGCAAGGCCCAGUCCGCUGCUUGCAUGGAGAUCUCCUUGCCUGUGUCCCACACUGAAGGUUAUGCGUCCAGGAGGGCAAUGCUCCAGCAGUUACACGGCGUCACAAUGUACUCUCACGACGAGCACCACACCAGCGCCCCCUACUGCUGGAGCGAGCGAGCUGCAGAGAGUCGGGAGAACUCCUUCAGCCGCUCCCGCAGCUCCAGCGUCUCCAGCAUCGACCGAGACACCAAGGAGGCCAUCACCACGCUGCAGUUCGGGGAGUCGUACGGGCGGAAGGGCGACGCCCUGCCCACGCCGUGCCUGUGGGUGGGCACCAGCCUGGGUGUCAUCCUGCUGGUCCCCGUGUCCAUCCCCACCCACCAGGACGAGAGGAUGGAGGAGCCUGUCACCAUCGGUCCUUGUGGAACGGUUCUGAUGCUUAAAGGCUCCGUGCUGCGCUUUGGCUUCUUGGACUGCGUGGGCGCCCUCAUUGAGAGUCCCUACGAGGUCUGGCGCGACCCCAACGCCCCGGAAGACCCCGACCGACCCCGAAAGCGCAAGCUGGUGCACCACUCGCCCUCGUCCUCCCAGGACGGCGGCGGAGAAGGACAUCUGGCCGUGGUGUGCUCCGAGAGGCAGGCCAAAGUGUUCCUGAUGCCCUCGCAGUCCUGCCUCUUCGUGCACAACAUCACAGAGUCCUCCUUCGUCCUGCGGGCAGACUUGGUGUCGGUGAGCAGCAGCGUGUGCCUCGCCUGCUUCUGUGCCAACGGGCAUGUCAUGACGCUCAGUCUUCCCAGUCUGAGGCCGUUGAUGGAUGUCAGCUACCUGCCUAUGACAGAUAUGCGCAUCGCAAGAACCUUCUGCUUCACCAACGGCGGACAGGCGCUUUAUCUCAGCUCGCCGACAGAGAUCCAGAGAAUUACAUACAGCCAGGAGAUGUAUGACAACCUUCAGGAAAUGCUGGGAGAAUUGUUUACACCCAUAGAAACACCCGAGGCCCAGAACAGAGGCUUCCUGAAGGGCUUCUUUGGAGGAACCGCUCACACCUUCGACAGAGAGGAGCUAUUCGGCGAGGCGGCGGCCGGCAAGGCCUCCAGGAGUCUGGCCCAGCACAUCCCUGGUCAGGCAGGGGUGGAGGGCAUGAAGGUGGCGGCCGGCGGGGCCGUGGGCGAGCUGGCCCGAGCCCGCGUGGCUCUGGAUGAGAGAGGACAGAGACUAGGUGAGCUGGAGGAAAGAACGGCGCUGAUGAUGACCAGCGCAGAGUCCUUCUCCAAGCACGCUCAUGAGCUCAUGUUGAAGUGCAAGGACAAGAAAUGGUACCAGUUCUAAUCCCACCAGCGAGGUCAAGCGACGGAUUUCUGACAGGAACUUCGACUCCAGGGACGAGAAAAGAAAGACGGGAGAAAGACUUUCUCUUUGCGGCUUUUUUACGCCGAGUCAUCGUCACACACGGUGGGAGGACAGGAUAGUCCCUCGUUUGGAACCACAGCGGGAGCAUCCGGAGGACCGCCUGUCAGUGUGUGUGUGUGUGUGUGUGUGUGUGUGUGUGUGUGGACCUCAGCGUGUAGAUACUCAACAAUUAAGAAAACAAGACGUGCAUGAAACAAAUAAGGAAUGCCUAUCAAAAUAUCAAACUGCCAUAUUAAAAAGCAGCAUGCUUACUUUAAUGCUACUUUAACAGGAGAGUCAACGAUUAAUUUUUUUAUUUCAUAAUACAGCCGACAACAGAAGCUAUUAAAAAAAAAAAACAUUCUAUUUUUUGAAAUAUCGACAAAAUCUAUAUAUAUAAAAAAAAACUGAAAUGUAUACCUGCAUCGCUAUUAAGCCAAAACCUGCGUUCCUUUACGUCAACUUUUGAUUUAUUUUAGCAACGCUCAGCGUACUACAAUAAAAGGGGAAAAAAAGUGAAUCUGAUUUUAAUUCAUAUUAAUUUUAGCUGCUGCUACUAACAAUAACGACAAAUGAUGAGGCCAACUGCAACUAGAACAAAAAAAAAAAAAACACAAGAUGUAUGCAAAGGUUGAGAAAAGUGGAGCCAGGAUACUUGAUAUUGACUUAUUUGUUAUUCACGUGCCAUAAAAAAAAAAAAGAGUGCAAUCAAUGCCAAGUAACAAAGAGCUAACAGGUGGUCACUCCUGAUGGACGUUCAAGGGGCAUUUCUUAGCUUUGUUUUUUUUGUAAUAAGUAACAAAAUCAGUCGGGUGUUUAGCUCGCGAGUUUAGUGUGUGUUCGUGCGUGUGGAAGAAUGUGUGCCACGGGUAGGGAUGGGUACCGAAUUCACCACUUUUGUUGGCGCCGGCUGAAUUACGUCCACAAAAUAUUCCCAUGCUUUGGUUGCGUCACGUCCGGUUGCGACAAAGCAAGUGCGCCUGGUAGAAAACGCUCUGACGUAAAGUAAGGCUCCGUUCUUCGUUAGCUCGGUGCUAAUUGGCAUUGGAUUUGCCAUAGACAUGCUACUAUUAGCUUUAGAGAUUAGGACUGUGACUCUUCGGGCACCAAAGGAUUCUUGGGGGAUAACGAUUUAAUUCGGAAUCGAUUCAAAACGACUCAAAAUCGAUACUUUUUUAAUACAAAUUGGAUGCCAGUUCUGUGAUUGACCACAUUCAUCCAUAGAAUAUCAAUCAAUCAAUCAAUCAAUCAAUCAAUCAAUGUUUAUUCAUAUAGCCCUAAAUCACAAGUGUCUCAAAGGGCUGCACAAGCACAGAGCCCACAUAAGGGCAAGGAAAAACUCACAACCCAGUGGGAUGUCAAUGUGAAUGACUAUGAAAAAACUUGGAGAACACUGCAAAUGUGGGUGGUACCUGGAAUUGAUACCGUAUCGGUUCAAACGUGAGCUGUACCCAUCCCUAGCCAUAUGUGUUCAAAAAUUGGUAGCAUCAGAUUCCAAGGUACCUGGAAUUGAUACCAUAUCGGUCCAAAACGUGAUCGGUACCCAUCCCUAGCCAUAUGUGUUCAAAAAUUGGUAGCGUCAGAUUCCAAAGUACCUGGAAUUGAUACCGUAUUGGUUCAAAAAGUUAUUGGUACCCAUCCCUAGCCACAUGUGUUCAAAAAUUGGUAGCAUCAUUGAUUCCAAAGUACUAUGAAUUGAUACUGUAUCGGUUCAAAACAUGAUCAAUACCCAUCCCUAGCCAAAUUUGUUAAAAAACUAGUAGCGUCCUCGAUUCCCAGGUACUGUAUCGGUUCAAAUGUGAUCUGUACCCAUCCCUAGCAACAUGUGUUCAAAAUUGGUAGCGUCCUCGAUUCCCAGGUACCGUAUCGGUUCAAAUGUGAUCUGUACCCAUCCUUAGUCACAUGUGUUCAAAAAUUGGUAGUGUCAUCGAUUCCCAGGUACCUGGAAUUGAUACCGUAUCGGUCCAAAACGUGAUCGGUACCCAUCCCUAGCCAUAUGUGUUCAAAAAUUGGUAGCGUCAGAUUCCAAAGUACCUGGAAUUGAUACCGUAUUGGUUCAAAAAGUUAUUGGUACCCAUCCCUAGUCACAUGUGUUCAAAAAUUGGUAGCAUCAUCGAUUCCAAAGUACUAUGAAUUGAUACUGUAUCGGUUCAAAACGUGAUCAAUACCCAUCCCUAGCCAAAUUUGUUAAAAAACUAGUAGCGUCCUCGAUUCCCAGGUACUGUAUCGGUUCAAAUGUGAUCUGUACCCAUCCCUAGCAACAUGUGUUCAAAAUUGGUAGCGUCCUCGAUUCCCAGGUACCGUAUCGGUUCAAAUGUGAUCUGUACCCAUCCUUAGUCACAUGUGUUCAAAAAUUGGUAGUGUCAUCGAUUCCCAGGUACCUGGAAUUGAUACCGUAUCGGUCCAAAACGUGAUCGGUACCCAUCCCUAGCCAUAUGUGUUCAAAAAUUGGUAGCGUCAGAUUCCAAAGUACCUGGAAUUGAUACCGUAUUGGUUCAAAAAGUUAUUGGUACCCAUCCCUAGCCACAUGUGUUCAAAAAUUGGUAGCAUCAUCGAUUCCAAAGUACUUGGAAUUGAUACUGUAUCGGUUCAAAACGGGAUCAGUACCCAUACCUAGCCAAAUGUGUUCAAAAAUUGGUAGCGUCCUCGAUUCCCAGGUACCGUAUUGGUUCAAAUGUGAUCUGUACCCAUCCCUAGUCACAUGUGUUCAAAAAUCAGUAGUGUCAUCGAUUCCCAGGUACCUGGAAUUGGUACCUUAUCUAUUGAAACGUGAUCUGUUCCCAUCCUUAGCCACAUGUGUUCAAAAUUAGUAGCGUCCUCGAUUCCCAGGUACCGUAUCGGUUCAAAUGUGAUCUGUACCCAUCCCUAGUCACAUGUGUUCAAAAAUUGGUAGUGUCAUCGAUUCCUAGGUACCUGGAAUUGAUACCGUAUCGGUCCAAAACGUGAUCGGUACCCAUCCCUAGCCAUAUGUGUUAAAAAAUUGGUAGCGUCCUCGAUUCCCAAGUACCUGGAAUUUGUACCGUAUCGGUUUAAAACGUGAUAGGCACCAAUCCCUAGCCACAUGUGUUCGAAAAUGGGUAGCGUCAUCAAUUCCAAGAUACCUGGAAUUGGUAUCGUAUCAGUUCAAAACAUGAUCGGUACCCAUCUUUAGCCAUAUGUGUUCGAAAACUGGUAGUGUCCUCGAUUCCCAGGUACUUUGAAUUGGUACCAUAUCAGUUCAAAACGUGAUUGGUACCCAUCCCUAGCCACGUGUUCAAAAAUUGGUAGCAUCAUCGAUUCCAAGGUACUUGGAAUUGAUACUGUAUCGGUUCAAAACGUGAUAGGCACCCAUCCCUAGCAACAUGUGUUCAAAAAUUGGUAGCGUCCUCGAUUCCCAGGUACCGUAUCGGUUCAAAUGUGAUCUGUACCCAUCCCUAGUCACAUGUGUUCAAAAAUUGGUGGUGUCAUCGAUUCCCAGGUACCUGGAAUUGGUACCUUAUCUAUUGAAACGUGAUCUGUACCCAUCCUUAGCCACGUGUUCAAAAAUUGGUAGCGUCCUCGAUUCCCCGGUACCUGGAAUUUGUACCGAAUCGGUUUAAUUGUGAUCGGUACCCAUCCCUAGCCACAUGUGUUCCAAAAUGGGUAGCGUCAUCAAUUCCAAGAUACCUGGAAUUUGUAUCGUAUCAGUUCAAAACGUGAUCUGUACCCAUCUCUAGCCAUACAGUAUGUGUUCAAAAAUUGGUAGUGUCCUCAAUUCCCAGGUACUUGGAAUUGGCACCAUAUCCGUUCAAAACGUGAUUGGUACCCAUCCCUAGCCACAUGUGUUCAAAAAUUGGUAGCCUCAUCGAUUCCCAGGUACUUUGAAUUGAUACUGUAUCGGUUCAAAACGUGAUCGAUACCUAUCCCUAGCCACAUUUGUUCAAUAAUUGGUAGCGUCAUUGAUUCCCAGGUACAUGGAAUUGAUACCGUAUCGGUUCAAAUGUGAUUGGCACCCAUCCCUAGCCACAUGUGUUCAAAAAUUAGUAGCAUCGAUUCCAAGGUACUUGGAAUUGAUACUGUAUCGGUUCAAAACGUGAUCGGUGGCAAUCCCUAGCCACAUGGGUUCAAAAAUUGGUAGCGUCAUCGAUUCCCAGGUACCUGGAAUUGAUACCGUAUCAGUUCAAAACAUGAUCGGUAACCAUCUCUAGCCAUAUGUGUUAUGAAAUUGGUAGCGUCAGAUUCCAAGGUACCUGGAAUUGAUACCGUAUCGGUUCAAAAAGUGAUAGGUACCCAUCCCUAGCUACAUGUGUUCAAAAAUUAGUAGCAUUGAUUCCAAGGUACUUGGAAUUGAUAUUGUAUCGGUUCAAAACGUGAUCGAUACCCAUCCCUGGCCACAUUUGUUCAAUAACUGGUAGCGUCAUUGAUUCCCAGGUACCGUAUCGGUUCAAACGUGAUCUGUACCCAUCCCUAGCCACAUGUGUUCAAAAAUUGGUAGCGUCAUUGAUUCCCAGGUACAUGGAAUUGAUACCGUAUCGGUUCAAAACGUGAUCGAUACCCAUCCCUAGCCACAUCUGUUCAAUAAUUGGUAGCGUCAUUGAUUCCCAGGUACAUAAAAAUUGAUACCGUAUCGGUUCAAAACAUGAUCGAUACCCAUCCCUAGCCACAUUUGUUCAAUAAUUGGUAGCGUCAUUGAUUCCCAGGUACCGUAUCGGUUCAAACGUGAUCGGCACCCAUCCUUAGCCACAUGUGUUCAAAAAUUAGUAGCAUCGAUUCCAAGGUACUUGGAAUUGAUACUGUAUCGGUUCAAAACGUGAUCGGUGGCAAUCCCUAGCCACAUGGGUUCAAAAAUUGGUAGCGUCAUCGAUUCCCAGGUACCUGGAAUUGAUACCGUAUCAGUUCAAAACAUGAUCGGUAACCAUCUCUAGCCAUAUGUGUUAUGAAAUUGGUAGCGUCAGAUUCCAAGGUACCUGGAAUUGAUACCGUAUCGGUUCAAAAAGUGAUAGGUACCCAUCCCUAGCUACAUGUGUUCAAAAAUUAGUAGCAUUGAUUCCAAGGUACUUGGAAUAGAUACUGUAUCAGUUCAAAACGUGAUCGGCACCCAUCCCUAGCCACAUUUGUUCAAUAAUUGGUAGCGUCAUUGAUUCCCAGGUACCGUAUCGGUUCAAACGUGAUCUGUACCCAUCCCUAGCCACAUGUGUUCAAAAAUUAGUUGCAUCGAUUCCAAGGUACUUGGAAUUGAUACUGUAUCGGUUCAAAACGUGAUCGAUACCCAUCUCUAGCCACAUUUGUUCAAUAAUUGGUAGCGUCAUUGAUUCCCAGGUACCGUAUCGGUUCAAACGUGAUCUGUACCCAUCCCUAGCCACAUGUGUUCAAAAAUUAGUAGCAUCGAUUCCAAGGUACUUGGAAUUGAUACUGUAUCGGUUCAAAACGUGAUCGGUACCCAUCCCUAGCCACAUUUGUUCAAUAAUUGGUAGCGUCAUUGAUUCCCAGGUACUGUAUCAGUUCAAACGUGAUCUGUACCCAUCCCUAGCCACAUGUGUUCAAAAAUUGGUGGUGUCAUUGAUUCCCAGGUACAUGGAAUUGAUACCGUAUCGGUUCAAAACGUGAUUGAUACCCAUCCCUAACCGCAUUUGUUCAAUAGUUGGUAGCGUCAUUGAUUCCCAGGUACCGUAUCGGUUCAAACGUGAUCUGUACCCAUCCCUAGCAACAUGUGUUCAAAAAUUGGUGGCGUCAUUGAUUCCCAGGUACAU